AACUACGGUCGCACGAAACGACGCGUGUAAGUCUCUCGUAUUUUUUACUCACAGUGUCUUUAAAAAGUCGUUGGAAAAUUUUGUGAGACAAAAAAUCAGUAGAACUAAGCCUGCUCUACAUUUUUCCAGUGAAAUUUCUCCAGCAGCGGCUGGAAAUUUUCCGAGAGGUUUAAAAAUUUAAGUCUAACCUCAAAAUCCCGAAAAAUAAAAAGAAAGAGUAACAAAAGAAUAAUCACCCCCCAGCCCGAUGGAGACGAGCUAUGACGACGAGGACGAUACACACUACUGCAUAAAGUGUCACGUGACAAUAACUGGUCUGGAGAAUUACAUCCAGCAUCGACAAACAAACUGCCGACAACUCGAAAGAAAGGCCGUUACCCCUGACCCAACAGUUUGCUACCCGGAAAUACUUAACGCUGACGCAUUUUUCAGCUCUCUCGAGCUACAAAGCAGUUCCAAGACAAAGCCAAGUGGCAGCAGGGCCUUGGCGGGACUUGAGCCGGAGAAAAAGUCCGAGAGAUUACGCGGAAAACGCAAUAAAGCUAAACGGUACAAUGAAAUUGAAGAGCCAAGUGCUAAAGAGAAACUUAUCGCUCUGUCACCGGUCGUCGCGGAUUUAGAUGAUCCGACCGAUCACAUCGGCAUCCCUUCGCUCGUUGGAUUCCCCGAUUUGGUGGUGCCCUUUAAUGACAAAUCCACCAGCAAGCUCACUGUCACUUCGACGCUGCCUAAGCAUGUAGAUGAACUCGAUAAGAGCAAACGCGACGAGGAAGAUCGGGAUCAGUGGCUAAAUGAUGAUCUCGAUGAAGAUUCUGAUACUAACAAAGAUACCGCUGGCGAUGAAAGUGACAGCGAGUCGGACUACCGUCAGCGAAAUUCUGAGGAUGAUUCUGAUGAAAGUCCGGUUGAGGAUAUUGGACAGGAAGAUUCUUAUUCUGAAACCGACGAUCAGGAGGACAGAGAGUAUCCCCCGCAGCCUCACACUGGGGGAAAAUGGAAGCCUGAACAGAUGUUGGAGCAUAUUGCUGAGGAGAACGAUGACGAACUUGAUCAAGAUGAAGCCUAUCAUCAAGAUAGUCUUGUUCCGCCACCGCACACUGGGGGAAAAUGGAAACCGAGUGAGCAGAAAACGGUGGAGGACGAGCCGGCAGAGUUUGAGGAGAAGGAAGAGGACAAGGAGGAGAAAGAGAGAACGAUGACAAGGAACAGCAGAGAACCACCGCCUGGUCACACUCGCGGGAAAUGGAUCCCAGGGGCUUCGGUCACGCCGUCAGAACUACGAUCGGGUUAUUGGUGCAGUCCUUGUGGCCGGAAACUUGCCUCGAAAUUGGUUUACAGCAGACACUUGCGCUCGGACUUGCACGCUCGACGUAGCAUUCAAGAAAUUGAAGGAGACGUUAAAUUGCCACGAUCUGCUGGACCGCUUCUACGCAAGAAGACCCGGACGAAACGUCAAAAAGUUAUCGCACUGAAGCGCAGCACAGAACUUAAAAAAACAGUAGUUGAUAAUAAACCUAGCAAAAAAACGCGACGUAGAGAGAAAGAAAUUCUGCGGUGUGAAAUGUGUCACGCCCGUGUGCGUCGUCCUCAAUUGGGUAAACACCUGCUCUCGCACUACCACUGUCGUGUAGCAGGAUUAAACCCCUGCAGUCCUACUGCGCGACGGUUUAUCCUGGAAAACAUGGUGAACGUGGUUCACCAGUGCCCAUUUCGGUGCACAAACUGUCGGUUUUAUUGCAACACUGAGGAAACUUUCUUGCGUCAUUGGCGCUCUAGUCAUGCCAACGUCCCAAUUGAUUUUAUAAAUUUUUUGAAGGAAGAGAAAAAUUACACAUGUGUCUGCUGCAACUUCUGGUGCAACGGGGAGUCGGAUAUGGAGCAGCACCUUCUGAGCAAGGAGCACCGCGAGACAAUUUCCAUGAUCAAUGGAUCAGUGCCAAUAGUAAUACGGAGACAACUGAUUUUGUCUUGUGAAACCUGCAAUCGGGGAUUUCGGUACAACAUCCAGCUCCAGCAUCACGCUAAUGAAACGGGGCAUCCUUUGAGCUGGACGGCCACGGAUGAGUACCAGCAGCGGAUUCAAUGCCCACUCUGUCCCCAAGUUUUGAGGUCCCAGGUAGCUUUACAAAGGCACCAACUAACGGCCCACAAAAAAAAGGUCCUGGAGUCAAAGGACGAAGAAGAGCGGGGAUCUAUAGUGCCGUACUUCUGCUCCUUCUGCUCGGUCAACUUCGAGACUGCUCGAGACGCCGUUUUACACCGGAGAACACCCAAUCACAAACAGACUGUCAAGGAGCACAAGUUUUCGUCACAAGGAGUUUUGCCCUCGCGUAAGGACUGCGGUCAAUGCGGAGACAAAUUUAAUAACUUGACUGACUACAAACGACAUUUGCUUAAACUUCAUACCGACUCUUGUCACAAAUGUUUAAGAUGCGGAGAGCUUUUCGCCUUACCCCAAGACCUGACAAAGCACACAAAAGAACGGACAUGUGGAAAAAUAACACAAAUAUUAGAAAAUGAAUCACGAUGCGUGGACGGAGCGCGUAAAUGUUUGCAGUGUCCCUUCAGGACAGACUCCGAAGCGGAAUUGAUAUUCCACCAGGCUCUCCACGCGGGCACCGUCGAAAUUUACUCAGAAAAACCCGGCUCGAGUAAGACCCCUCCGACAUAUCGGUGUCCAGUCUGCCAAAAAAUAUUUUCAAAAGCCUCCCUGCGCUUCCACAUUCUGCGGCACACUAGAGAGAAGCCUUACCGAUGUUCCAAGUGCAUGGAAUCAUUCUCACGUAAAUCCGCUCUAACCGUCCAUGUAACUGAGUGUCAUCCAUUUUUGGAGUCGGAGGCGAGUCAACGUAUCAAGAAUUUCCUCUGUCUACAUUGCAACACCGGCUUUUAUACCAAAAAUAAUUUGAGACAACAUAUGCUUCGGCAUGUCGGAAAGGAAUACAAGUGCGAGGUUUUGGGUUGUCCGACUGUUCUCAGAAAUGAAGCUGAGCUUAGGACUCAUAAGGCACUAGUACAUGCUCCGGAAUCGGUGGAACGCAAGUUUAAAUGCAACGAGUGCUCUUAUUCUUCUAAAACUAAAUCCCAACUUCGACGACAUUACACUCGGCAUCAAAGCCCGGACACAAAACUGAAGUGUCCAAAGGAAGAUUGCAAAUUUAUAACCCGACUACACUCGCAUCUGAAGCGUCACAUACGAGUGCAUACAGGAGCUAAGCCUUACAAGUGUCCUCACUGUCCGUACGCAAGCAAUAAUAUCGAAAAUUUGAGGAAACACAUCCUGUCAACGCGACUUCAUCCAGGGAAGACUAUUUAUGAGUGUGAGAAAUGCAAAAUCAAGGGAUCGGAUAUUUAUGUGACCAAUUUUUCAAAGGAACUACGCGCUCAUUUAGUCAGUGAACACUCUGAAGAAUUUCCUACAGCCGGGCAUGCCAACAGUUACGUUGCUGGAAUUUUUGCCGGUGAUGGACACUCAGAACAACCUGAAUAACUCAAAAAAUACCGCUGUUAUAAAUCCACAGUAAUUUUAAAUUCCUCAAUAAUAUUUAAUUUUAAUUACAAUUUUAAUGAUUAUUAUCUGUGUCUUUUUUUUAUUUUUUUUAGUGGUCGUCAUCAUGAUGACGAUGACCAUUUAAAACAUUUAUAUUUAUAUUUAUUUAUGUAUUCAUGAAAUACUGCUCAGAGUUAUGUCGACAGUUAUUUUAUUAUACAUAAUUUGAAUGUUGUAUUGAUGAUGUGGACCCUGAUAUAUUGAAAAUGAAAAUGGCAUUAAUGUCACACGAUUUACGUUUAGCUGUGUUGUAUAAACUGUAAACAAGAUACCCAAGAGUUUAUGACAGUAGUCACGAGCUGAGGUCGGUGAGUGGUCGGCAAAGGUCGUAUCAGUAUAUAUACAGUAUAUUAUAUUGUAUAUUAUAUAGGAGUAUUCAGUUUAGAGCCAGAUGGAUCCAUAACAAUGUCAGCAUAUAGGCCGCUUUCGUUCUUUCGGUAGACCCUAGACCUACCUGACUCUCAACUCCAGAGAUAUAGGUAUCGUAACCAUCAGUACCAUCAACGGCUUUUUUUUUUUAGUAGAUUUCAUAAAAAUCUAACUAUUGCAUUGGUCCUCAUGACGGAACUUUUAAAAAAUUUUGCUAUUUUUCGACUAUACUCGUCGAGCUGAGUCGGAAAAUGCAUAUGGUUCAAAAGUUUAUAUAU